GCGGAAGAAUAGUACGAGGAAAAGGAAAGCAGACAACAAAAUAUUUGUUGGUCAAUAAUAAUGCUUGUGUGAGAUCUAGAUCUAAUUGGAUUACUUGUGUACCAUGCCAUUAUAUUACAAGAGCUUUAUAUUUAAUGAACAGUUUGAUUAAUAGUUUUAAAUUAAACUUAACCAGUCAUCAUCAUGGGGUUUGGUAAGGACAUGAAAGGAAAGCAGUCCCAUGAUGCCAUACUUCGAAUUCAAGAGGCUGAAAUACGAAUGCUGGAGACUGUGCAGCAGUUCAUCACUCACCGGGUGGAUAAUGACAAAAAGUAUAUCGCAGGUCUGGGUAAGAUGCUUCACACUGCCAUGAGGUCCUCGGCUGAUAAUACAGAAUUUAAAGAGUGCUGUAGUGUUUUCAAGGCUUGGGAUGUCAUACUGAAGGAGACUGAGAAUCUGAUGAAGGCUAUACGUGUCAACACUGAUCACUUGUCCACAAACACUCUGGACGUAUUAUCACUUCUAAUCAAUGACAAGAAACAGGCUCGGAGAAAGUACAUGGAGGAACGCCAUAGGUUGGAGAAUAACUUUAACAGAGUUCAGGGAACAUUAGAAAAAAAUAGGUCAGAGUAUUCCAAGUGUGUGGACAGAAUGGUGACAGACAGGAAUAAGUUUCUGGAGCAGCGUUCAAAAAGUAAUAAAGUGAGAACAAAGCUAGAUGAGUCGAAGGCCAGGUUCUUUCGGUCUACUGUUCAACUCCACAAACUCCACAAUGACUACAUCCUGUCGAUUCGUGCGGCACAGGAGCACCAAACCAUGUAUUUAGACUCUGCCCUUCCUGCUGUGCUAGACUGUCAUCAAGAUUGCCAGGAGACAUUAGUACACAAAACAAAAUUUGUUCUUGAGGAUUACUUACGACACACUGACACGUGUAGCAAAGACUACCAGUCUGUUGUAGCCAGUAUAGGAAGCGCCAUCCAUGCCAUAAGACCAGGAGAGGAGUAUUCUGGCACUUUCAUAGAGCUGAACAAAUCUCCUGCAGCACCUCCUACAGAGUUUGUGUUUGACUCCAGACUGCUAGAUAAUUACCAAGGCUCUUUAAAACCCAAUGUGAUAGAAAUCAAUGACCUAACUGUGGAGUCUUUACAUCAAAGUAUGUCUAAGUUGAUUGAAGAGAUUGAUGAAACAAAAGCUCAGUUGUCUAGGAUCAAUACUGAUCAGCAACAGGAAGCUAUGGAUGUACACAAGCUGGCAGCCAGGUUAACAGAAAACCCAAUAUUAGACAAUGUAGUCAACUAUAUAGAGAAAAGGGCGCAGUCAGAAAACCACACCAGAGAAAUUUUAGAGCUGGAAGGAAACAAGAGGAAACUGGAGAAUCUGGUGGAAGUUAUAAAACAACCUUUAGACCAGCUGGGAAACAAUCCUCCUCCCCCAGCCUCAGAUGUACAGGAUGUAGGAGAAAUAUCCAAUCAGGACAACAUGUCAUUGAACAGUGGUGUGUCAGCCUCGCCCUCAACAUCGACAUUUGGGCAACAGAGAGCAGCUAUCAAAGGUGCCCUGUCCAAGAUAAUGCCCAAGAAGAAGAGCCACAGUCACUCUGGUGGUGGAGACGACGAUGACAACAGCAGUACAAUCAGUGAGGAUGGUGACAAUAAGGCAGAGGUCAGAAAGAAAAACCACAAUAGCUAUGAGAGAUCUGAACAAUUUCUGAAGCCUAGCAAUGGACCAGAUUCUAGGAUGUCUAUGGUUAAAAUGAGAGAGGAAGGGCUUUUAGUGGAUCUGGAUGCGACUGAGGCCAAGGGACGAAUGGCUGAUGAGGAGUGGUUCCAUGGUGUCCUGCCCCGAGAGGAAGUCCAGAGAUUGCUGGUUAAUGACGGUGACUUUCUGGUCAGGGAGUCUAAGAACAAAAAAACUAAUGAGACUCAAUUUGUGCUGAGCGUGUUUUGGAGUGGACAUCGUCAUUUUAUCAUCCAGUAUGGGCCGGACAAAGGUUGGCAUUUUGAAGGCCACGCCUACCCAACCAUCAGAGAGCUUGUUUUACGUCAGCAUGAAUCUCAAGCUCCUGUUACAACCAAGUCUGGUGCCAUCCUGAAGAAGCCAAUCCUUCGGGAGUGGGAGCUUUUGAAUGACGACAUCGAGCUAAAGAUGAAAAUUGGCACUGGAAACUUUGGGGAAGUGUACAAGGGAAUCUACAAGAAGACAAUGGAGGUGGCUGUGAAGACCUGCAAGGACACUCUGACAGAAGAUCAGAAGAUCAAGUUCCUCCAGGAGGGAAGGAUCUUGAAGCAAUACAAGCAUCCCAAUAUAGUCCGCUACAUUGGCAUUGCCGCCCAGAAGCAGCCAGUCAUGAUAGUCAUGGAGUUCAUUCCAAAGGGAGCCUUGCUCCAGUUCCUAAAGUCUCAGGGAUCUCAGCAGAGUGCCAAACAGUUAGUACAAAUGUGUGUGGAUGCAUCCAGUGGGAUGGAGUACCUGGAAGGUAGAAACUGUAUACACAGAGACUUGGCCGCCAGGAACUGUUUAGUAGGUGAGAACAAUAUCAUUAAGAUCUCAGACUUUGGCAUGUCCAGGGAGGAGGCUGAGUACACAGUAUCUACUGGCAUGAAACAGAUACCUGUCAAGUGGACAGCACCAGAAGCUUUAAAUUUUGGCAAAUAUACAUCCCUUUGUGAUGUUUGGAGUUUUGGUGUCCUGAUGUGGGAGAUCUUCUCCCAUGGGAAAUCUCCAUAUUCAGGGAUGUCCAAUGCUAGAGCUAGGGAGUGGAUUGAAGAAGGAAAUCGACUUGAAUCCCCAUCUGGCACACCUGACAGAGUCUAUGAUCUGAUGCUAAAAUGUUGGUCCUACAAUGAUGAGGAAAGACCUCACUUUAAAGAGAUACAUCGCAGCCUGAUAGAUAUCGUAAGAAAAUUGUGAUGACCUCCCCUCUUCUAAGUCACCAAUUCCUUAAGCUAGGCUGCUGGCCAGCGAGUCAUUGUUGUAGAACUUUUCUAGUAACAUCUGUGUUACUUGAGAUGAAAUAACAUCGACUGACUCAACGCAGCAGUGAGGACUUGAAAGCUGCCUACAUCAUAGCAAUGAAAGAAAAAAAAAGCUGUAAUGUGUUUAUAUUUUAUUUCAUGAAAGUUUCCAUUCAAAAAAAUCUGGUCAAAAAGAAAGUAGUAAUAAAGAAUAGAAAGACUUUUAUGCCAAGUGGACUUGGAAUUCAAAUAGAAACAGAUUUUGUGUUUCUGCAACAUGGAACUUUUAAAAAAUACUAAGUCUAUUAACAUUCGAUCACAGCUUAAUAAGGGUUAUCACUACGAAAGUACUAUGUCUGCAUUUGAUCACAGCAGAAUGAAGAUGAAAGUGCAUGUCUAUUAAAUUUUGAUCACAUCUAAAUGAAGAUAGUCUUAUCGUUGCACUAACUUUUGUAUUCAAUAAUUUACCACUUUUAUUUCUGUAAGUAAACUUAUAAGUGUCAGAACUAAACUGCUUUAUAGGUCAAGGUUGAGGAGCUAGUGUAGCUUAUGUUUAUGUAUUUAGUUCCAGAAUAAACAAAAUUAAUAUUAGUUCUUUAAGAUCUUGUCUUCUAGUCUGAAGAUUUUACACCUCUAUAGCUAUUGCAUGGCUAACAAAGAAAUGGCUUUCCUGUGUAGCUUAUAAAAUGCUUCUGUGACGCAUCUUAAAAGGAUGCUCCAAUAGUAGCUGCCAUGUAUCUUCCUCCUUACCAGAUGUAAGGGAUCUGGAUUGUUUCUUGAAGCAUCCCUUUACUUUUAUAAUGCUAGAGCUCUUUAGCUAGUGCAGCUAGCUUUAUGUCUAACCUUGUUUUAUGCUUUUGUGAUACAAAUGCAAGCUUGUUGUUGGUAGUAUUAUUUCAUUUUAUUUUCAUUGAAAUAUGCAAUGGUAGAACUUGCUAGGUGCUGUCCAGUUCAUUACCCUGAAAGCAGAAUAACUGUAAAAUCAGACACUCAUUCUAGACUCUGAUUCAAUCCCAGGGUAUGAUUCAACGCUGGCACUCAUUAUUCACCUCUAUAUGAAUGCAACUGGGGCUAAUAAGGCAAUUACAAAUAACUGAGUGUUCAAACUGAUGUUGCAUUUCUUUAAAACAAAAAACAAAAAAAAAACAUUUGUUAGAUUGCUUGAAAAGUUUACAGAGAAGAGCUGUUUGCAUGUGGCUUUUCUUGUCUGUUGAUGUUCAAAUUUGAAAGAAAUUGAAUAACUGAAGAGCAGCCUACUUUAGCAUACAUUCUUUCAUUGAAACACUGCAAUCCAUAGUUAUGCUAGUUAUUUUUGCAAAGCUUAUAUCAACUCACUCUUAUCUGUCUGGUAAAAAAGUGUGUACAAGUUAUUUCUCCCAUCCCAUUAUCGGAUCAAAUGAAACUUUGCACAAUUAUUCAUUGGCAUAGAACAAGACAUGAAUCAAUAAUUUUUUUACCAGUUACCAGUUAGUUAAUUAAUUAGUGGAAAAUUCAUUAUUUUGUUUGAUACCAUCAAGGGAAACCUAUCCUUCAGUAUUCACAGAUAUGGCUAAAUUUGUUGGGCUUAGUCCCCUUAAAUAAUUAACACUAUUUCUCCCUCACACAUUCUCUAAUCAAGUUAAUACUAUACACAAUUAUUUAUUGUACCUAACAAAACAUGAAUCAAUAAAAAAAAAAAAAAUUAGUCAAUUAAUUAUUGGUAAUGAAUUAUUUUGUUUGAUAUAACUAGUACAUUAUUGAUAGAUAUAGUUUUAAGGGUGGAGUUUUUUACCCAUUGGCUAAGCUUUUUUUAAAAUGAAUUUUGCUUGUUAGCAUUGUACUCCCUUCUUAUUCUGACCCAUACUCCAUACAAGCUACAGAUGACACCACUUAUUGCCUUAAACUUGAUUGUGAACAUAAUGCUAUAUAUUUAUACAGUGCAUAUUUUUGCUAACAUCAUUUUUGACUCACACAGGAGGCACCAUGGCUGAGUGGUAAAGCGCUUGGCUUCUAAAGCGGGUUCCUGGUUUUGAAUCCUGGUGAAGGCUAAGGUUUUUUUUAAUUUCGGGAUCUUUUAUGUGCCUCUAAGGGGUACCAGACAUAAGUUGGGGAAAAGUAAAGGUGGUUGGUCGUUGUGUUGGCCAAAUGACACUCAUUAGCUGUGGGUUACAGAAACAGAUGACCUUUACAUCAUCUGUCCUUUGGAUCAUAAGGUCUGAAAGGGAACUUAUUUUUUUUUACCUGAACUCUGUGUUUUGAUGUAGAAGGUGUGCAGCCUUAGCACUAUCUGUUUUACUAUUCAGAUUGGUGUUACACAUCCUUGAGAACAACUGUGAAAAACCUUAGGGGACAAAUGUGUCAGUUUGUUAGAUGUCAAAAUUUCAUUGUAGAUUUCUGGUCUGUGUGUUACUUUUUUUUUUAAUAAUGCUUACUUUGUGAGUUGGCAGACUGUGUGAAUUGUAGUACAGGGCUGGCCUUAGGCAUAGUCAAACUAGGCAGUUGCCUAGAGCCUCCAAUUGGUGGGAGUCUUGCACAGGAAGAAAUAGCUGAACUUGUCCUCAAUGUUAUUGCUAGAGUACACUAGGUUUUUUAUAAUUAUGUAAAUUUAAUUAUUGUGCUGUUUUUUAUUUUUCCUUUUAUUUUAUUUGGGGCCUCCGAUUAUCCAAGGCCGGCCUUGUGUAGUAUAAAAAGGUUUAACAUGCUAUUUGUGAAAGUUUUUUUUUCUAUGAUAAACAUCUCUGGUCAUUGUUUGGUUUGUCUGCCCUUUCUCAUCACAAUGUGCCCUUGUAGCCAAGCCUUGCACUUUGAACUCUCUGUGAAUCUUUGUUAACUUUGAUCAACAGAAAAUCUUGUUUUUUUAGAUUUCUUUCAGACGCAAAAACAUUUUCUUAUGUAACUUUUGUAAAUAGAAAGAAGCCACAUUUUGUGUCAAAGAAAUGUUAUAUUUAUGUAAGACAUCCACUCAUGCUGUAUAGAAGAUGAACAAAUCACGUUUAUAAAUAUACAUUUAUUGUCUGUGUAUAUAAAGAGACUGUAUGCUAAAUAUAAUAUACAUAUAUACAUAUAUAUAAAUUUUGAAGUCAUGUUUUAUAUAUGCAGUAAUGCCUGAUAAGAAACGAAGUAUUUUUUUAGUUUUUUGUUGUUGUUUUAUUUUGUAUAAAUGUACAGUCAAGCCUCAGUAUACUGAACCUCAUAGAAACCACAUUGUUGACUUCAUAAUUUGAAUCACAUUACUUCACACUUAUUGAUAAGGUGAAAACAACAAACAUACAAGUUUCAGUUAUUGAAAUGUGACUGUACAGGCCUUUGUACAAAUGUUAUCUAAAGAAAUGGCUGCUGAUACUAUUGAAUGUCUUGAUCUCUAAAUAUUUUACACAUUUCUCGUCUGUCCAGCAAGAUUUUGACCUAAUCCUUUAACAUGCCCUCAUUGUCAAUUAGUUAGGACUACAUUUGUAUGCUACUUCAUUAUUACAUUGGCAUCAUUGUUGUUGAGGGGAGCUUUAAUUUCAUGUUUAUUUGAGGCAGUCAUGAAAAUAAAUGUGUUUAUUUUAUUUGCAUGCAAUUAUUUCUUAAUACUAGUUUUUAAAGAAACUUAACUUUUCUAGUAAUAAUUGACCUCAGAAAAUAUAUUAUUUGAUUUUUUUUUUUUUUUGAUUUUUUUUUGUCUAAAUAAUCAUUAUUCUGUAAUCUUUUUUUUUUUUACUCUCUGCUUACACAUUUUGUUUUUAUUUAAGCAAUGUACACCUUGAGAGACCUUUUUGUUUUCCUUGUAAAUUACGCCACUAAAGAGGCCAAUCCUAGAGUCACAUGUACUUUCACAGUUUAUACAUUUCAAAGCACUCUAGGGGCUGCAAUGUUCUCAGCUUUUUCCUGCUCCUGGUUUAUGUCCUCAUCUGCAACCAGAACCCUCUUUUAUGCUUGCCCUACAAGUGGGCCUCUCCUAAACCUUUUUCUCCCAGCUUUCGAUAUUGGUUUUUAAAUGCAAGCAGCUGUCAUCCAGUAGGUUUCCUUACAGUAUGUUCUGUGGGUGUGAUCAAUGGUGCUUAACUCUUUUAUCUCCGUAAUUAUUUUUCCACCUUUCGACAGAAUUCUUCAUUUUGCUCAUUACUAGUUCACUCCCCUGUUAUGAUUAAGCUUCAGUAACUUUUUCAUUUGUAAUCAGAAAACGUUUUAUUUUGGUAUAGAAUUUAAGGGAAAUGCAUGCUCUUUUUAUAUAAGAAAUGUACAGUUUAUAAAAUCCAACAUUUAUUUACUUUAAUGAGGUCAAAUAAAUUAGGAGAGAAAGAGUUAAGCAAGACCAUUGGUUAUGGAAGGCCCCAACGCUGACCUGCAAUGUCGCAACCUGUGGGCAGUGGAGACCAAUAACUUGUUGCAUUGUCACAGGUCGCCACUGCAAACAGGUAGCUAUGUUGCAAGUCAGUUUUGAGGAUUGAUCUCAAACAUGUCCAACCCAGCCAAGACGAGUUCUUCUCUUUUUCUUUGAUAUUAUUAGUAAGUCAAGUGAAAAGAAUUUAACUUUGUGAGGGUAGCUGUAUCUUAAAAACUCAGUAUUUCUGCCAUUUCAAGUUUAUAAAACUUUUUGUGAGAAUUAUGUGAUUGCAGGACCAGUUGAAUUGUUAAUGAAAGAAUGUCAUAGAAUGGGAUGCAUGCUUCAUAAAUCACUUCUUCUACUCUGAAUCUCAUACACUCUUGAAGAAAGAAUUAGGCAAUAAAUGAUUUAUGAGUUGUUUUAUUUAGAUUUGAAUUCUUUGUUGACACAUAGACAUGACAUUAAUUUGCAAUAAUUUUAGUAAUUGCUUCUGUUUAUUUUUCUUGAAAUUUGAAAUCACUACCGCCUGGAUAAUGUAUUAAGGGUCAUAAUAUCCAACUUGAAUUUUCAAUUUUGUUUAAUUUUUUUUUUUUAAUCUGAGAUGUCAUAAUACAUUCAAUUUAAGAACAAUAUACAUUGUCAUUCUGCCUCUGUUGCCAAAGUCGAUAUAAGAUUUUAAAUCUUGGGCUUUAGUUUUAUGGAUAUAGGAUAUCAAUCUUGGGUUUAGUCUCUCUCUCUAUAUAUAAAUUCUGUGUUUUAGUUACAUCUAGUUGUCUUUGUACAAAGCUUGUGUCAACUCACUCUGUCCGUCUGUCUGUCUGGUAAAAAGUUUGAACAUGUUUUUUCUCCCAUUUGCCUUUCUCUGAUCAAGUUAAAACUUUGCACAAUUAUUCAUUGAGCCCGACAAGACAUGAAUCAAUCAAAAAAUUAAACAAUUAGUUUAUUAAUUUUUGGUGAUUAAUUAUUUUGAAAUUAGGGGAAUAGAUGCUACUUAAUGAGAGAUGUAGAUAUAUAUUAUAUAUGGAUUUUUGAGUUUCCUUAUAACAUUUUUCUCCCUACUUCCGAUUCUCAGAUCAAGUUAAAAUUUUGCAUAAUUAUUCAUAGUUGAUAACAGUACACAAAUCAGUCUAAAAAUUAAAAAAUUAUUUAAUCAUUUAGUACUAAUUAAUUAAUUUUGUUUUAUAUAGCAGAAAGAGAGAUAAAGCCUUUAAUUUUAGAUAAAUAGCAGAGGUUAGCGGUUCUUUCCCUUAGAUAACCUUUGUCUUUCAAAGGUAUUCUUUUUUCUAUUGCUUGUUAUGUAUCUGUAAGUGGGCAUUUCUGUGAGUAUUUUAUAAAAAAUUUGGUUUCAAAUGAGACUUAGUUGUUUUUUUUUGUGGAUGAUUACAUGUCUUCUUCUGUCGCUAGUGACAUUAGAUGUGCUCUUGACAGACACUCUUGUCAUAAAAAUGUUCUCCUUUUCUUUAAUAAGUUGGUGUUACUGUUACCAGAGUGCACAGUUUGAUACCAAGUUGGACUUUCUUCUCGGACAAUCACUUCCAAAAGCCAAUGAAUGUACAAUGAUAUCUGAUCCUGCAUUUCAAAGACAUCUCUGUAGCUUAUCUUUGUAGUCAUUGCCCAAAUCUAGGAUGUUGAUUUUAUUUAAUGUAAAAUUAUCUCAUGGUAAAAUAUGUUUACAGCUAAGUGGAAAUGAAACAUUUUGGAGGCAUGUUUUUUGUUUUUGUUUGUUUUUUUUGACUAAGAUGGAAAGAACAAUUCAGUCAAGUUUUCAUUUUUAAAGUAAUAGAGAGGGGGAAAGGGUGAAUUUCACUGACCCUCAAAAUGUAAUUCGAAACUUACUGAAAUGAAUGGUGCACACUUUUCUAUUACCAGCUAACACAUGUUUCAUCAGCAAGGAGCAGACGUCUCUGACUGUGUGUGCUUUACUGUAGUCCUUAAGUACUUUGUUUUUUGUUAUUGUUUUUUUUUUAAGCAAUUAUAAAAUUACACAUUUCAGUUGUGUAUUCUUUGUGUAUUUUAAUGAGUAAAAAGCUGUUUUGUUUGGUUUGAGUAUCUCUGGUUCUUAAUUGCUCAAAACUGCUGGGUUAUCUCCCAUGCCUCCAAGUAUUGCAAAUCAUAAACCACACAAUCAUUAACAUUGGUAAAUUAUCACAGAUGUCCUGAGAGAUUGUGUCAGGGCAAAACCACCUUACCAAGGAUUAGAAAAGGAUUUUCUUUUAGGUGUAUGAAAGCUGUAUAAAAAACUAUUUUCUUAGCUAUUAUUCUGUCAUGUAAAAGGUUUAAAAGUCAGUUGAAAUUGAUCCUUAGUAGUGAGAUAUUCAUUUGCAAUAUUCGUUAUAUCUAUAUUUACACUGCCAAGACAUAGUGCACAUUUUAUAUUUGCCACAGCUAGAUAGGAACAAAAAAACAACAACCUGCAAGAGUUACUUUUAUUGAUUUGCAAGUUGUUUUAACAACACAGUGUAAUUAAGAGCUAGGUUUAGUUUUUCUGUUAGCUAAUUUCUUAUAUACAUUUCUUUGUUGUUGUUGUUUUUUUUUUAAUAUAUUUUUGCAGUCUUGUUUUAAAGUCUAUUUUGAUAAUAUUUAUAAUCUAUAAAUAUUUUUUUUCAUAGUGGUCAGUCAUGCAAUGAAUAUUAGAUUGAUGGAUUUACUAAUAUAAACAUGUUUAUGAAAUAAGGAGAUGCUUAUUGUGUAUAAUCUACAAGGGCAAUAUAUCUUACAGUACUAUUAUUAUUUUGUGGGUUUUUGGUUCUGAUUCAAUGUACAUUUUGCUCGUUACUCCCAUGGGCACCUGUUUUCCAAAAUUGUUAUUUAUUUUAUUGUGAUGCUGUCAUUGUUUCACCUGAGUUGCCUUGCUUGUGGUUUGAAAAGUUUUUCUCUUUGUUUGUUUUAUAGGCAUAUAUAUAUAUAUAUAUAAAUUCACUUUAAUUUUUUUUUAAGUUAAUAAAACAUUUUUAAAUUCUU